GAUCACACUGUAAUCUGACAAUAGUGACGUACACGGGCUCCUCCUCGCUCCCAGAGCCUCUGGAUUUCCUCCCCGAGCUCACCUCUAAAGAAGGGUCACAAACCUGACCGAUUUCUUAUUUUUACCACUGAUGAUGCACAUGCUGCUGUGUCCUGGUCCAGCAAGUAACUUCCUUACAUAGGUUUACACAGGUAACAACUAUUUUGAAUCCAUUCAAGUUUCUAAAGUUGGUUUUAUAUUGGGUGACAGAAAAAAAAAGGGAUGACUGACAUUAGGGAAAAUGAUUUGUGGCUCAAUAAGGCUCAGCCUACAGAAGAAAAUGAUCCAAUGCUGGAGGACCACAAGGAUCCAGAUGUGAAAAACAAAGAAAAAGAAAAAAUUAAGACUGUUGGCCCAAUUCAAAUUUUUCGAUAUGCCAGUGGGCUUGAUAUCUUUUAUAUGAUUAUUGGAAUUCUUGGAGCCAUUGGUAAUGGCCUUGCCCAGCCUUUAAUGUUCGUUGUGUUUGGAGAUUUGAUUGACAGCUUCAUGUGUUACAAUGCAUCCCUAACAAACACAACUGAAUGUGCUAAAUUCAAACCGUUAAGUGACCAGAUGACACUGUUUUCCUUCUACUAUGUGGGAUUAGGAGCAGGAGUUAUAAUUUGUGCAUACUUUCAGGUCUCCUUUUGGGUUCUAGCUGCUGCAAGACAGACCAGAAGAAUGAGACAAAAGUUUUUUCAUUCUGUGCUAUCAAAAGAAAUUGGCUGGUUUGAUGUCACUCAAUCUGGUGAACUUAACACUCGUCUUACAGAAGACAUUAACAAAAUCAAUGAUGGAAUUGGUGACAAGGUCGGACACCUUCUUCAGAAUGUUUCAACCUUUGUAUUUGGUUUACUAAUUGGAUUAAUUUAUGGAUGGAAACUUGCUCUAGUUCUUAUAGCAGCCGGUCCUGUUUUGACAAUUUCAACAGCCAUAUCUUCGAAGAUGCUGGUAGCACUGACAAGCAAGGAGCUUACGGCAUAUGCAAAGGCUGGAGCUGUGGCGGAAGAGGUCCUUUCCUCCAUACGGACAGUGGUGGCAUUUGGAGGACAGGAGAAAGAAUUAAAAAGAUACACAAAUAACUUGGGAGAAGCUAAAAAAAUUGGUAUAAAAAAGGCUAUCACUUCCCAAUUGGCUGUUGGAUUUAUGUUCUUUAUCAUCUAUGCUACCCAUGCACUUGGGUUUUGGUAUGGAGCAACGUUGGUGUUGAGUGAAAAUGACUAUACAAUUGGUAGAGUUAUGUCGGUCUUCUUCUGUGUGAUCUUCAGCAGCUAUUGUCUUGGUCAGGCGGCUUCUCAUUUUGAAGCUUUUUCUGUGGCAAGAGGUGCUGCUUAUAAGAUCUUCAACAUCAUUGACCAGCCAUCCAAAAUUGACAGCUUUUCAAGAGAAGGAUACAAACCGGACAAUAUAAUAGGAAACAUCGAAUUUAGAAAUGUGCAUUUCUCCUAUCCAUCAAGAAUGACUGUUCAGGUACUGAAAGGACUUAAUUUGACAGUGAAAUCUGGUCAGACAGUGGCACUGGUAGGACAAAGUGGGUGUGGUAAAAGUACAACGGUGCAACUGCUACAGAGACUGUACGAUCCACAAGAUGGAGAGAUAUUGGUUGAUGGUCAUGACAUACGGUCUCUGAAUAUCAGAAAAUACAGAGAAUUAAUUGGUGUGGUCAGCCAAGAGCCUGUACUUUUUGGAACAACAAUUAAAAACAACAUUACAUAUGGAAGAAUAGAUGUGACAGAUGAAGAAAUUGAGAGGGCUUCUAAAGAAGCCAAUGCCUAUAACUUCAUCAUGGAGCUUCCUGAUAAAUUUGAAACCCUAGUUGGAGAAAGAGGAGCCCAGCUUAGUGGUGGUCAGAAGCAAAGAAUAGCUAUAGCUAGAGCCUUGGUUCGAAAUCCUAAGAUACUCUUACUGGAUGAGGCUACUUCAGCUCUGGAUACAGAGAGUGAAUCGGUUGUACAAGCUGCCCUAGACAAGGCCAGUGAGGGGCGUACCACAAUUGUCAUUGCUCAUCGUUUAAGCACUGUGUGGGAGGCAGAUCUCAUUGUUGUGUUGGAGAAUGGUGCUUUGGCUGAAAAGGGAACUCAUUCUGAAUUAAUGGAGAAUAAAGGAAUGUAUCAUUCCCUUGUAACAGCUCAGGCCAUACAGACAACAGUAGAAAGUGAAGCAGGACAGGGGACGCUGGAGAAGCCAUCUUUAGUACAGAGGAUAAACUCCAAUAUGUCAACUGGAAAAUUCUCCAUGUCUGAAAAUGGGGAGGAUGUUGAUUUUUCAGAGGAUGAAGAGGAGAAAAAGCUUCCAAAUAUUUCAUUUUUCAGACUACUUAAACUGAAUAAAUCAGAGUGGCCUUAUAUCUUAAUUGGAACCCUUGCAGCGGCCAUAAAUGGAGGGGCCCAUCCAAGUUUCUGCAUUUUAUUUGCCAAAGUCAUAACGAUAUUUGAAAUAAAUGAUGCUGUACUGAUCCAGCAUGAAAUUAACAUUUACUGCAUCAUAUUUGCUAUGAUUGGUGUGGCAUCGUUCUUUACAUAUUUUACACAGGGAUUUAUGUUUGGAAGAUCAGGGGAAGUCCUCACUAUGCGCCUGAGACAGAUGGCAUUCAAAGCAAUGUUACGCCAGGAAAUAUCCUGGUUCGAUAACAAGAAAAAUAAUACAGGAGCUUUAACAACCCGACUUGCCACUGAUGCUUCUCAGAUACAAACUGCAACUGGCUCCAGACUUGGUUUGAUUGCAGAAAACUUUGCUUGCAUCGUGCUCUGCAUUGUAAUUUCUCUAGUUUAUGGCUGGGAGUUGGCCUUGCUGAUUCUAGCAUUUACACCUGUCCUCAUUGCUUCUGGAUUUCUUGAGCUCAGUGCACUGGUUGGCUUUGCUAAUCGAGAUAAAAAACAGCUUCAGCAAGCUGGGAAGAUUGCAACAGAAGCAGUGGAUAACAUCCGAACUGUUGUGUCACUGACUAGAGAGAGAACCUUUGAAGAGAUGUACUCCGAAAGCCUACAAAAGCCCUACAGGAACGCUCAGCGUAAAGCUCAAGUGUAUGGCAUCUGUUUUGCAUUCAGUCAGUCAUUCAUAUAUUUCACCUACGCAGUAUGUUACCGCUUUGGAGCAUAUUUGAUUGAAGCUGGUAGGAUGAAUUCAGAAGAAGUAUUUCUUGUAUUUUCUCUCUUGGCGCAUGGUGCAGAAACCAUAGGACAGUCCAUAUCAUUUACCCCUGACUAUGCUAAUGCCAAGUCAGCAGCUUCCCAUCUGUUUGCAUUGUUCAGUAUUCAGCCAGCCAUUGACAGCUAUAGUGAACAAGGGCGAAGACUGGAAAAAUGGCAAGGAAACGUAGAAUUCAAUAUGGUCACCUUUAAUUAUCCAUCACGUCCAGAUGUUCCAGUGCUCCAAGAAUUGUCGAUCAAAAUAUCCAAUGGAAAAACUGUGGCAUUUGUGGGUAGCAGUGGAUGUGGGAAAAGUACUUCUAUUCAGCUCCUACAGAGGUUCUAUGAUCCCCUUCAGGGAGCAGUGAUUUUUGAUAAUGUUGAUGCGAAAAAAUUAAAUGUACAAUGGCUCCGAUCUCAAAUAGGCAUUGUGUCUCAAGAACCUGUGCUGUUUGACUGCAGCAUUGCUGAGAACAUCGCUUAUGGGGACAACUCUCGGGUGGUCUCCAUGGAGGAAAUACAGGAGGCCGCCAAAACAGCCAAUAUUCACUCAUUCAUAGAACAGCUACCAGAGAAAUAUAACACACCAGUUGGUGGCAAGGGAACUCAGCUGUCGGGAGGUCAGAAGCAAAGAAUUGCCAUAGCCCGGGCACUUAUACGAGCUCCAAAACUAUUACUGCUUGAUGAAGCCACCUCUGCACUGGACAACGAAAGUGAAAAGGUUGUACAACAAGCUCUUGAUGUAGCCAGGAUAGGAAGGACCUGCAUUAUGAUCGCCCACAGACUGUCUACAGUCCAGAAUGCUGAUCUUAUUGUCGUCAUGAAGAAUGGGAAGAUAAUUGAACAUGGAACACAUCAACAACUUCUGUCACAUCGAGGAGCAUAUUUUGAUCUUGUAAAUGCACAAACGAUAACUUAGAAAAAAAAACGGCAUAGUGGAUAUAAUUUAAUGGUCCACUCUACAGGAGUGAAAAGCCACGAAAAGGUCUUUUUAAGAACGACUGGUGCAAACCAAUUCAAAGCAUGGAAGUUCGAUAUUGUUAUAUGGAUAUAGCUCUGGAAUGAAGGGUUACAGAAUUCAGGAUCUGUCCUGAGUUGAGCUCAGCUCAUACCUGAUGCUGGAAAGCCUAAAAAAA